AUGCCAGUCCAGGAAGAUUUGAACUUGGCAGGUGAGGAGUCGGUUCCUUUGAAUGCCGAGUACUACUUAGGCCUUCUGGAUGAAAAGCAAAAGGAAGCAUAUGUAUCGAAAAAUAUUACCAUUCCAUUGAAGGAAGAAGGCGAGGAGGUUGUGAUUGACACUAUCAGUGAUCUUCCAGAGGACUCUAGCGAAUUGUGUGCUUUGCUGACUAACGAGGAAUCUGGCACGAGACACUGGCUAGUUGUGGCCAAAGCGUACGCCAGUCAAGGAAAAAUUGACGAGUCGCUCAAUGUCAUCAAAAAUGCGCUCGACUCGCCUACAAUCAUGGACACCACCGGAGACGCCCAGUCAACAUUGCACGGAUUUUUGGCCUGGCUGUACCUCACCAGAGAGGGUAAGAACAGUGGACUAAUUUCGUACGAAUUGGCCACGAAAGAGACGGAAACUGCUUUGUCACUUGAUCCAUCUAACGAGCUCACACUCUUGUCGCAGGCCUUGCUGCUUCUUUCUUCUGACAAGCAGAAAACCAAACAGACGAAUUUUGAGAAGGAAUCAAGGUUGUUGGACAGCUUGCUGAAGAAGAACCCAAAGAACUGCUUUGCCUUGAUGGCCAAAGCUAAGAUCUUCUUUUACAAGGAAAACUAUGUGGCUGCGCUCAAAGUUUUUCAAAGAUGUCUUUUACUCAACCCUCUUCUCAGACCUGAUCCCAGAAUUGGCAUCGGCAUGUGUUACUGGAUGCUGGGCAGAAAAAAACUUGCCAACCAAGCCUGGCAGAACUCUAUUCAGGUGAAUCCCGAAAAGAACCUUGAGGCCAAGAUUCUCAUUUCGAUAGCUAAAUUUGACGACUGUUUUACCAAUUCUGUUUCUGAUGCCGACUUCAAAGAGAAGUAUGCUUUGGCAUUAGAGUUCACCAAGGCUUCGCUAAUUGACGAUCCAACAAACGGUGUGAUUUUGUUGAUAUUGGCCUCAUUCUACUUCUCCAAGAAGGACUAUGCGCUAGUUCAGAAAAUCUGUGACAAAGUGUCGAAAGACACGAGGUUCUCUAACAGAGUCAAAAGCGACGCUUUUCUGUGGCUCGCCAGAUGCAAGUUCGCACAAGAUGACGUUUUAGAGGCUCAAAAGCUAUUCAGCACUUCGAUCAAAUACAAUGAGAAUAAUUUACUUUCCAGAUACGGUUAUGGCCAGUGUCUGAUUGUGAGAAAUGAAAUCAACGACGCCAUCAGAACGUUCGAGAAGCUGCAGGAGUCUCACCCUCGUGUAUUGGAGGUCACUUUCGCGCUUGGUAUGCUUUACAGCAGGAAUUCAAAACAAAAUGAUAAGGCAACAACAUUUCUGGAGAAGUACGUUUCUCUUGCCAAGGAAUACAAUGAGCCGUUGAACUCUGCAGCCUUAGUCACUUUGGCCAGAAUAUACGAGGAGAGAGAUAUUUCUCAGUCCUUGAAGUACCUUAUGAUGCUGAAAGAUCAGGAGAUCAGCUCUGGGAAAUUGGAUACGGACUUAUCUUAUGCUCUACUCAAUAACAUUGGAGUGUUAGGACUUCUGAAGAAUGAAGGUGAUUCCCUGUCGUACUUUGAAAACGCCCUCAAAGCAUUGGAAUCCCAAAAAGAGGAAGGAAUUUCAAAAAAUGCCAUCAAACUGAUUCUGGAAUACAACGUUGCUCGUUGCAAAGAGUCUCAAAACGACGUCGAGACUGCCAAGAGUUUGUACCAGAAGAUCCUGCAACAGUGUCCUGGUUACAACAGCGCCAAACUCAGAUGGCUUCUUCUGACAUGUUUGUCUGAGAAGGAGGAUAUUCAUGAAGAACUUGCUGAACUAUUAGCAGACUCUCCUGACGAUCUUGAAGUUAGAUCGUUUUAUGGAUGGUACGUCAAGAAAUUUGGUAAGAAAUACAUGGCUACGAAGGGUAAGGACAUUGAGAGUGAGCAUCACAGAGAAACCUUAGUUAACCACACGUCCCACGACUGUUAUGCUCUGACAUCGUUGGGUAAUGUCUACUGCACUCUUGCCAGAGAGUCCAAGGACGCGCAAAAAAAGGAUCAAUACUACAUUCGUGCAGCACAGCUAUACCAAAAGGUGUUGUCCAUAGAUCCGAAGGACGCAUAUGCUGCGCAAGGCAUUGCGAUUAUUUUUGCCGAUAAGAAGCAGGUGGGAGUCGCCUUGGAGAUAUUUAGAAAGGUGAGAGAGUCAUUGCAGGAUAUCUCUGUUUACAUUAAUUUGGGCCACUGCUUUUUGGAAGCUAAGCAGUACGCGAAGAGUAUAGAAAGCUACCAGCUAGCGCUUACUCGGUACACGAAUGGGCAGGAUGCCAAUAUCUACAACUUCAUUAGCAGGGCCUGGUUGCAGAGGGCCAUGGCAGAGAAAGUGUUGGAGUAUUUCAAGACGGCGGUUCAGCUCGCAGAGAAAGCGUAUAAGAUCAAUGGGUUGCCCUCGAUAAAGUUCAAUAUUGCGUUUGUUCAUUUCCAGCUUGCAGAGUUUUUGAGAAAGCAGCCACCUACGAAGAGAACCGUUGCCGACCUUGAGGAAUCAAUGGUUGGGCUGGUUCAGGCUAUCAAAUCGUUGAAUGAGCUGGCCAGCAACGAGAAACAUCCUCCAUUUCCUGCUGAAGAGUUGAAGUUGAGAGCGAAUAUGGGUAAUACUCUUAUCAAGCAACUGGAGAAAGCAAUUUCCGAGCAGAAAGAUUAUGAGGGUGAAGUUGAAAACAAGAUCCGUACCGCAAAGAAACAAAAGAUACUUGAGGAGCAAAGGAAGCAGGAGCAGAGGGAGAAAGAACUGGAGGAACAGCGCAAGCUGGAAGAGAAACUUGCUGAGGAAAGAAAGCGGCUUGAAGAGGCCGCCAAGGAGUGGAAUCAGCAGCGUCUGGAGGAAGCUAAGGACAACAGAGAUGAGCUGGACGUGACUUCUGAGGAGAAACCGAAGAAGAAACGCGGCGGACGUAAGAAGAAGAAGGAGUUUGUUGUUGACAGUGAGGAGGAGGAGGAGGAGCCUAACAAGGAGGAGAGCGAAGAGGACAAGAGCGAUGCCGACCUUUUCGACGAGGAAAGUGAGGACGAAGACAAGAAACGCAAGGCUGAAGACGGAGACGAAAACGAAGGAGAGAGAAAGAAGUCGAAGACCGAGGAGACUAAGCUAGACGACUUGUUCGAGUAG